GUGACCUUUGACCUCGUUGUUGUGUCCUCCCCUUCUUGCAUUCCAAAGUGAGGGUUUCCUGCAGUAUGCUCGGAGCGUUUGUAGCUGCUGGGGUCUGCUCGCCAGUGCGCCCUGUGCAUGUUUACUAGCUAGCCAACGUUUACAAAGACGAGGGCAGUGCUGUUCAACCAGAAUAUAAAUUUGAGAUUAAUGCAAAUUCAAAAGCCGCGGAAUUCCACAUCGUCGGAUCCGGACCGAAAGGAAAAUAGAUUCUGGUCUACUAAGCGAAAGGAAGCAGCAGCAGAAAAAUCGGAAACUGAAGCUAGCUGGUUCUGCCUUGAACGGUCUUCAUAUCCACCUUAUUGAGCAAGCUUGCUAACGUAACCGAGACAGGAGAGCGAGGAAAUGAAGGACAAACAGAAGAGAAAGAAGGAGCGCACGUGGGCUGAGGCGGCUCGUAUGGUUCUGGAGAACUUCUCUGACGCCCCCAUGACCCCCAAACAGAUCCUCCAUGUCAUUCAGACGAAAGGCCUGAAGGAGAUGAGAAGUGGCACAGCCCCUCUGGCCUGCCUGGUCACCAUGCUUCACUCUCAGGUGCGGGGUGACCGAGUGAAGAACAGCAUCUUCUUCAAGCUGCCAGGCAGAAUGAGUCUCUUCACCCUAAAGAAAAAUGCCCUUCAGUGGACAAAGAGCCCCACAGCGACAGAGGGUGCGGAUGCUGCUGCAGCAGCUACACAGGCGACAGCGUCCACGGCGACGGUCGGCGCAGCAGAGGGGGCCGAGCAAGAGAGCUGCGACUCCACGGAAACAGCUGCUGCCAGCGGUGAGAAUGACGCCUCGGUGGACGAGACGUCCUCCAGCGCCUCCUGCUCCACAGAGCCCCAGACCCGACUCAGCCGAUCCUCACAGUCCGGCAGACAGAGAAAGAAGUCGGUGAUGAUGCCUCGCGUCGUUCUCACUCCACUCAAGGUCAACGGAGAGCACGUGCCAUCAGGAGCCCAGGGGAGGCGCAGGGAAGGCACUAGGGGGGGCUCGGGCCCCACGCUGCGUGCCCACUCCGAGCUGGGCUGGAAGCGCCCCCAGCACUUCAAGAGCAUGCUUGGCCUCCGCUCAGGACCCAUGAAAAGAAGCCGAGGAGUAGAAGUCGAUUUCGAGACCCCAGGAUCCAUUCUGGUGAACACCAACAUUCGAGCCCUCAUCAACAUGCGCACCUUCGCUGCCUUCCCCGCACACUCCCAGCAGCAGCUGCUACAGCUCUUACCUGAGGUCGACCGACAGGUUGGCCCCGACGGACUACCUCGCCUCAGUAGUUCAGCCCUCAAUAAUGAGUUUUUCACACACGCCUCACAGAGUUGGAAAGAGCGACUGGCCGAAGGUGAGUUUACCCAUGAAAUGCAGGUGCGCUUCAGGCAAGAGAUGGAGAAAGAGAAGAAAGUGGAGGCAUGGAAAGAGAAGUUCUUUGAGGAGUAUCAUGGCCAACGGUCUGGCCUGACUCACGAGGAGGCCCUGAAACUGACCAUGAGUGACCCAGGGGAUGAAGCAGCGGCCGUUCUGGACAGAGACACUGCUGCUGUUGCCACACCGAAGCGACGCAGUGUGGGUCGGCGGCGCCGGGAGGGGCGCAUCAGGCGUCGCUCACGAGCAGACCUGCGUCGCCGGGCUCGACGGACCCUCUGCAAGACCAGUCCCGCCGCCACCGCAGCUACCGCGGCCGAACAAGCGGAGAGCGCCGAACCCUCGGACGAUGGCGCCGCUGAUGACACUCCUGUUGAUGCCCCCUCCACGCCGCUGCCAGAGGCCGCCGCCGCUGCCGUUCAGGGCGAGGUGGUCCUGCCUGCCGACUCAGAAAUGGAGACCCCUGUCGAGGUGCCCUCCCCAGAGGCGGCCCCUUCUUCCCCCGUCCCGGAGCCCGUCCCGACCCCGGCCUCCACUGUGUCCAGCGACGAGCCCGAGGCGUCCGAUGUCUCCGCCCGGCUCCUGCCUGACGUGCCCGAGCCCCCUGUGGCCUCCACCUCCUCCCCCUCCUCUUCCUCUUCCACCUCCUCUUCCUCGUCACCCUCCUCAUCGCCCUCCUCUGCCUCCGACCGGCAGGGAGCCUUUGCUGCUAGCUCAGACUCUUCCUCCUCCUCUUCCUCCUCCUCGUCCUCGUCCUCCUCCACGGCCGCCAUCGCCACCGACCCACUGGACGAUGGCGCGUCCGUCAUCACCACCGGCACAGCUGGCACUGGCGCCAGCAGCAGGGAGAGCAGCCCGGCCGCCAGCCCGGCCACCUCCAGCCCCGCCGGCCUGUCCAAGGAGCAGAAGAGGCGCCCCGACGAGCCCCAGGCCUUCACUAGCUUUCCCGAGAAACGGCCACGGCUUGAUGAGCGUCAGUCCUUUCGUAACACAGUUGACUGUGUCCACUCGGAAAAGCCGCAGCCCACAAUCGAGGAACCCAAGGUCCCGCCAAUCCGGAUACAGCUCUCCCGGAUCAAACCGCCCUGGGUCAAGGGGGCGCCAACGUACCAAAUCUGUCCCCGGAUCGUGCCCCCCAACGAGGGGUCGGGGGGGCGGCGGUCCGGGACGGGGGCGCGGACGCUGGCGGACAUCAAAGCCCGCGCCCAGCAGGCCCGCGCCCAGCGAGAGGCCGCUGCUGCUGUUGCAGCCACUGGCGACGGGGCAGGGCCCGGCGGGGGCGGCCCGGGGGGCGGUUCUGGGCUAUCGGAUCGCAGCAGUGGGCGGCGGGCCCGAGAGCACCCGGGCCCGGUCGAGCCGGGAGGAGGCGGCGGGGGGGGCGAGAUGGAGGAGCAGAGCUCACCUGCGAGCUCUCAUUCGUCUGGAGCACAACUACAGCUGUCCGCUGUAGACUCGGAGAGGACUGCGAUGACCACGACGGCGUCGUCAUCCACGACAACGACGGCCGCCUCCACGCCCAAGGCCCACGCCCCGUCUCCCUCCACCUCCUCCAACCCGUCGUUUCCUCUGUCGGAGCCACCGCAGACCCCCACGCCGUCCCCGUCGGUAGGGGGCAGCCCCGUCUCGCAGGCCCAGAUGGAGGAGCUCUCGCCGGGGGAGGAUAAGCUCUUGGCCAGCCCCAGUGACAAAGCCUCCGACGACGCCGAGCCAGACACUCCAAAACAGAUUCCCACUGAGCCGGAGUCGGUGGGCAGCCUUCCAGACGGCUCCUCCACGGAGGAGGCCGACUCGAACGACAGCAGGCCGCCACCGGAGAGCAGUCCGUCACCGUCUGCGAUGGAGAAGGGGCCGAGCGGGGCGGUUUCGCUAAUGCCCACAUCCAUCCCGGACUCUCUGCCCAGGUUCGGAGCGCAGGGUGUGGACGUGAUCAGGACACGGACAGCCAUCGGGAGUCAGGCCUGGGAAGCGGAGCAGCAGAGUGGGCACGAGCAGCGGUCAGCGUCGGCCGGCGUCAUCCAGCACGGAUCUGACCUCAAGCCACCGCAGGAGACUCCUGCUGUUGUGUCCAGGAACGGACUGAGCGAGGGGGAGGGCAGCAGAGAACGAGGGCUGCACGGUGGCACUGAGGUUGGGCUGGACAGCAAGCCCAUCGCAGGCUUUGAGAGCUCGAUCACUCACCUCUCCAGCAUGGCUGGGGAUGACGACGCAGGGGGGCACAGCGACUCCACGGAAACCGCCUCAGACUUUGAGAACGAGGCCCCGGAAGAGGAGUCGGUGGACUGGCACACGCCGACAGCUGACUGCAACGGUGUGGCGGUCCAGAGUGGCGCCGCCGGUGCCAAGCCGCAGAACCAGCCGGUCAUCCAGAGCCCCAGCCGGCUGAUGUCCCGGACGUUCAGCCCGCCUCCGCAGCACCAGCAGCAGCCGGUUAUCCACUCCCACGUGUCCAACCCUGGCCAGGGCCAGUCGGUCAUCCAGCAGACCCGCUUCCCCAACGGCGUUCAGAACCAGCCCGUUAUUCAAACCCAGAAACAACAGCAGCAGCCGUUGUCGUCGCAGCAGCAGCAUCCCAGCCGCGGAGCUCAUGUCUCAAACCACACCCUGGACCAAGCGUCCAGCACAGGGCUGCAGGGCAUGGGGCAGACACACCUGGCCCAGGCGGAGAGAGACCAAAGCCGCAACAAUGGGAAGUCUGUUAUCCAAACAGAAGCGUCCGACGAAGCUAAAUUCCUCCGGCGGAUGUCGGCAGAGGACAAGUCCGGCUCUGCCCAGCAGCAGACCUCCGGCGGGGUCAAGAAGGCUGCCGUUUUGGCACGGCCGAUGUCUUCGGUGGAGGCCAACAACCCGCUGGUCACCCAGUUGCUCCAGGGUAGCCUCCCGCUGGAGAAGGUGCUGCCGCAGCCGCACUCCGCCAGCAAGCUGGAGAUCAACCGGCUCCCCGGGAGCCCAACGGUGUCCCAGCAGGCCGGCCGCCCCCAGCCCCGCGUGGCAGCCGGCCCUCGCUUCAGGAGCCCCAGCGACUCCUCCUCGUCUGGCCCCACGGACUCUCCCGGCCCCGAGUUCUCCCCUCCUCCCAACCAACACAAGGUGCCCUCUGGGCGUGGGUAUGGGCCACAGGUGCCCGGCUCCAUGCCGUCUCGGGCGGCGUGCUUGUUUGAAGAGGCAAAGAGGCUGCCGCCAGGCGCCGUGCCGGUAAUCACGUCCCUCCCCUCGUCGUUGUCCAUGUCCUCGUCGUUGUCUUCCUCCUCCAGCCGACGUCCGCUGGACGUUACCUCGCAGAGCACAGCAGCUUACGAGUCAGCGGUGAUCAAAGAGCUCCCUGGGCAGCAGCCCAUGCGGGGCGGAACUCCGGAACGGCCUGGAAUGUUCCAGCAACAGCACUCCAACAGCCUUGGGCCUCCCCACUCCCGCACGACGACGCCGGACGCGCCGUCCCCUCCCCACGGUGACCUCUGCCCCUCCGAGGUCGUCCCCACCGUCAAGAUCAACUGGCGGCUACCAAAGCCCCGCCCCCCCCACCCGCCUCAGCCCUAUCAGCAACAGCAGCUGUCUCCGGUCGCCACGGUGAAGAACGAGGUCUCCUCCCGCCCCUCUUGCCAGGCGCUCACCAAAAACCCCCCUGGAGGAAACGGCCCCACUACUGCUGCCGCCCCACCUCCUCCCCCUGCUGCUGCUGUGAUAACCAAAAAGGAGCCGCCGAGCUCAAUGGACAGUUUCUUAAGCGGAGGGGCCAUGGAGGGCCUGCUCAACAUGGAGAUGUCCCUCGUGCGCAUGGCCAAAAAGGAGCAGGGCCGGAGCCCGUACGGCCGGCAGGGAGACCUCUCCUCCCCCGUCUCGUCUUCGCCGUCCUCCACGACCUCCUCACUGCCCUUCCAGCUGUACGGCAAGUCGCCCAAGCUGCAGCAGAGCACGGGCGGAGGGAUGCUGGGCGGAGGCGCCGGCGGCUUCAGCUACACGGCCAACGUGUCGGUGGUGGACGGGAGCGGCUUCUCGCGGAGCAUCGCCGACAGCGUGCUCCACCUCUUGCAGCCUUUCGAACGGCACGGUUCGGCUCGGGCGGGCGGCGGGCAGACCUUGGCCAGCAUCCAGGCGUUCGCCGACAGCGCCGCCGAGGAGGUGGCCCUCAAGUGCUCGUGCAGGCUCAAGGCCAUGAUCAUGUGCCAGGGCUGCGGUGCCUUCUGUCACGACGACUGCAUCGGCCCAUCCAAACUGUGCGUGUCCUGUCUGGUGGUCAGAUAGUCUGCCUUUGCCCCACCCCUCGGGCAAGGCGAGAUCACGGCCAGGUGAAUGACACCGCCUUGCCAUAAUCUCUCAAAAAAAAAAAAAAAAAAAAACUGUCGGUCUCUUUGCCUCUUAUUUGAAAGUUGACAGUGUUGCAGGACUCAUGAGAGAGCUUGGGGGGUGUUGGAAUGGUGUGUGUGGCCCAUUGUUGAUGUUCUGGCAGGACGGUUGGGCUGGAAGAUGCCUUGUAACAUAAAAACCAGUCUGUAUUUUUGUUGCAUAUAUUUUCUAUUGCUGUUAUGAUGUUAUUAUUAUUGCCAAGAUAAUAAUAAUGAUAAUUAUUAUUGUUAUUAUUAUUGUGAAUUUACCUGGCACGAUUGGUUGUAAAUUGUGCCUUUUUUUUGUUUAACUUUUUUUUUCCAUAGAAAAAAAAAAACAUUUACCUCAUCCUCUUGACACCAUUCAUCAGUUCAGUGUGAAAAUGGUGGCUGUUAAUUGUUUGCGUUGUUCUCUCCCUCUCCUCGCUGUAGAGGAUCAUGGGAGGGCUGUUUUGUGUGUCUUGUCUUGCAAAGAAAUAUUUUUUUAAUCAUUAAAUGAGCAAAAUGA